AUGGAAAGUAAUUUUGUGAAGACUCCCACCUUCUACGUAAUGAUCUUCUUAUUUAAUCCGAUACUUUCUACGUCUGUUGGUUAUAUCUCGAAUACAAAAUAUGUAUCAUCGGGUAUCAUUCAAAUAUUUUGGAAUAUAACUUGUGCAGAGUGUACGUGUAAAGCUUUCAUAUAUUCAUUUGUUGCUUGGAAUUGUAUAAACAGUAAUCUGACUUGUCUAUUAAUUCAAAAUUACUCGUUAGUCGAUACUGGAGUGAUUCCAAGUGAUAAUUCCACGUUCUUCUUUCGACAAAUGCCAUCCGAGCCGCUGGUGUCGACAAGUGGAACAACACAGUCAACGUACACGGCACUAUCAAACGGCACACUAGGUUUCCUAUCUGAUAAAAACGCAACAGGAAACAGCUGGACUCAAGAGUCAUACAAAUAUCUGGCAAUGACAUCGACAAAUGUCACAUUGCAAAUUAUUCUAGAAACGAAUAAAAAAGAUGAAUGGAAUGCUGACGAUAUUUCCGUUCGUGAUUCGUCAUUAAAUGAACACUUGAUUAAUGGAGAUUUCGAAAGUAACCCCUCAAGUACCAACUGGAUAAUAAAUACGAAUGGUUGUAGUAGUAGUGAUGCUUCUUUCAGCAAUUCACUAGCUCAUUCAGCAUCUUACUCUUACCAUGAUGCAUGCGAUGCAAAAUCUGUCACCCUUUCACAAUCAUUUGCUGUAACUAGUGGAAAUUUCUAUACAAUCAGCUUAUGGUAUUAUUAUAGUCCCGCUCCAGGCGGUGGCAGCAGUCCUGUGAGAAUGACCAUUGCAAUAAACUAA